UGUCGUGAGGUAAGUAGCACAACCGAGUGUGCACCAUGUGUGAUAAAUGUGGUCGCGUGAUCACUAGAUCUCCUGUAUAACGUCGGGGACCGUCGAUAUAUUCACAGUGCUUCACAUAUACACCACCCAGUCAGUUACAGUACAGCUGAGGUGUGAUAUAUCAUCAAAUUGUCAAGAUACUUCAUCACCACGAUGGCACAGGAACGUGAUGGAAAGCCUCAAGUGAUUCCUUUCGACCAUGGUGACAUCCACGAUCUGACAAAUUCCUUGGGUCAUGGGUUCCAGUGUUUGCUGUAUGGUGGCUUGUACCUCCCAAGGUCACCACCAUCAAAGAUCAAAGGAGGAAAUCAACUGGAGAACUACAAAAGCAUUAAAGCCGCUCAACUGAAUAUAGAUGAUGUAGUUGUUUGUGCGUAUCCUAAAUGCGGUAGCCACUGGUUGUUUGAGGUGCUGGGGAUGCUCACAACGGGGUCUCUUCAUCACAGGAAAUCCCUCCUCAGGGACCAAAUGAUUGACUUCAUUUUCAAAGACGGCAUAGAAAGUCUUCCCCCACCAAGGCUGCUCGCUACACAUCUCCCUCUGCGCAUGCUCCCUACACAGGUUGCGGAGAAGAGGCUCAAGUGCAUUCAGAUCAGGAGAAACCCCAAAGAUGCAUGCGUGUCGAUGUAUAAUAACGCCAAAAACAUGACCUAUGAAGGAACCUUUGCGGAGUUCACAGAAGCAUUUCUGUCGGGCAAAUUACCUUAUGGAUCCUACCACGGCUAUCUCACAAGCUGGGCAGCUGAAGUGUCCCCUGAACAACCGGUGUUCUAUCUGUACUAUGAGGAUAUGAAAGUCAAUCCCCUAAAGUGUGUUAAAGACAUGGCAAGGUUUCUGGAUCUAGACGUCACAGACAAAUUCUGUGAGGACUUGAUCGAGGCGUGUUCCUUCAAGAACCUGAAGGAGAAGGAAGCCAGACAUAAGCAGGAGGGUAUUGAUCCAGGUAUUUGGAAGAAAGGAGCUGGUGGGACAUUUUACAGGAAAGGUGAAAUCGGAGACUGGAAGAACUGGUUCACUGUAGCAGAAAACGAGAGAUUUGAUCAAAUAUGGGAUGAGAAGAUGAAGAAUUCAGGCAUGAAAUUUAUAUAUUCCGUUUAAGGAUGCAUUUGAAAAUCGUGCUGUGAUCGAGGCCAUAGCCAGUGAACCACAGAGGACGGCAUGAUACUAUAUAUAUAGUUUCGUUCAACAGCUUUCAUAAGAGUGCUUUUCUUCUCGUGUAUCUUUCUUUUGUAGUACUUACAUCCCAGCGAAGGGCAUGUGCACCUAAAGCGUUAAACGGAAGGGGAAAGGGUCGAACAGGUUACGGAUAAAUCUAUAUAACAUACAAGGAAGGCGUAAGCAUGGCUGGAAAAGUUACGAGGGUGAGCCUGCUUUCGAAUCAUUACUGAACAAAUGUAGCCGGAAAGUCGGUGAAAGUUUCAGGAGAGUUUCCGGCAGCCAGCAUGUUCGACAAUAAACAAUUCCAUCAUGUUCUUUCAACGAAUAUUACCAGAUAUUUUACCGUUAGUGAUCUGUUAACUUGUGAUUGGCUGACUACUGAUAUAGCAUGUAACUAUUAUGUCAGCUCGCGAUGGGUUACCUGCCUUUUCCGUUAGUGACUUCUUUAUGUGUAGUGUGAUAACCCCUGAUAAUUGCGUAUGAAUACAUUGACAAACACUCACACAAGACAGAUUUUUUGUUUCUCAAACCUGUCAUUUCAAAUACGAAAUGACUACAUAAUAGUUUUGAUUUGAUUGUGUUCGCUUGUCAAUGCGUAUGGCAAUUUAACAAACAGAAAUGAUAUCCAAGUAAAUGAAAUACGUUUCUUGUAUGUAUUGAAUAUCUGCAGUAACUAAAUGCAGCUGUGUUGAAUAAAUAAAUAAAUAUCGUUACCACAUUCUCAGUGCAGUGUAAUAAAGUGUAGUUAUGACCAGGACUGUUAUAGUUAGGGCACGAGGACGUCGGCAACUGACAGAAAUUGACGGCUUGCAGUGUGAAAUGGCGUCGCCCUGAGAUGUUCAGGGCCGUAGAAAGAACCUGAAUAAUGGUUGUUCUUGUUGUUCUGGUUUAAACGUCGUUAUAUAACGUUUGAAGCACUGGUCUUUCCUGUGGCCAUACAAAGACGUCAGGCAUAAGGCACUAAUGCCCGUCCGUAGCUGAUGUGACAAGGAGAAUUCGGUUUGUGUAUGAUGAGGAUGUUGCAUGGGAGAUUGUUAACAUAAUCUGGCGUUAAUUCUUCCCAGAGAGUUAUAUUGGAUAAUAAUCCUAAACUCAAUUUCGCCAAUAUGGAAUUGCCAUGCAUGCACCAUCAUGAAAUGAAACAUUACAGUGUUUUCAGGAUACGUAACAUCAAUAAAUUUCCAAGACAUUUCAUUGCUGAUACAGUGCUCUGUCUGCUACAUAUUCUAGGACGUGUCCUCAGGAUGAAAUCAUGUAUUGUCUCAUAGGCAGAUCCAGACGGGGAUUGCAGGGGUGCGUAGACCCCCUCCCCCCUUUUGUCCUGAAAGUGUAUUAAAUGACCAUUGAAACUCAGGUUGAAAUGAAGUGUGCAACCCCCCCCUUUUUUUCUCAAUAGUGUACACCCCC